AUGCUGCACAGCCCGCCGCGACCCCGUCCCGACCCGCCGUCCCCCAAAACCCCCUUCCACAUCGAAGCGCUCCUCGCCCGGGAGCCGCCGCGACGUGGUCCCGCCGCCGCUGCCUCCGCCCCGCCGCCCCCGUGCUGGCCCGCGGCGGCACCGGGCCCCGGAGCGGGGCUGGGACCGGGACCGGGACCGGGACCGCUGCUGGGCGGCUGGGGCUGGGGCUGGGGCUGCGCCGUGGCCGGGCGGGGCGGUGCAGGUCUGGAGUUGUCUCCCUGUGUAGGGGCCAACUCACUGGGCCCUGCUGUGCCUUGGAGGUCCGGGGGGCCCUGCAAGAUAAAGAGGGUCCGCACUGUCUUCAAACCAGAGCAGCUGGAGCGGCUGGAGCAAGAGUUCCUCAAGCAGCAGUACAUGGUGGGCACAGAGCGAGUUGACCUGGCUGCAACUCUGCAUCUCACAGAGACUCAGGUGAAAGUCUGGUUCCAGAACCGGAGGAUCAAAUGGAGGAAGCAGAGCAUGGAGCAGAAGGCAGCAAAGCUGUCACAGUUUGGGGUGACACAGCCUGCCACUGCAGACUCGACAGACAUCAAGGACCACGAGGAGGACACCGUGGAUGUUGAGCUUUGA